AUGUUCUCCUCAUUCGUGAGCAGCAUGACUGGGGCCAUGAACAACAUCAACAAGCUGAACCUCGAGCAGCGCCAGAACGGGACUGCACUGCGGCAGUACAUCACGGACAACCGCGUGUCUUUGGAACUUCUCUUCUGCAUCCAGAACUACCAAAGGUCCACCCGGGCCCUGGAGCGGAAGCGCCUGCAUGAGGCUGACGUGGCUGUGUUCAAGAAUCUGCCAGAGGACCUACUUCAACGACUCCAUGUGGAGGUCUACGGGCCGGUCAUUUCGGUGCAUCCGCUGUUUGACCACUUGCAUGCAACAGAGGACUUUACACUCAUGGGCAUUUGCCAUUUGGCCAUGUCCGAGUGCAGCCUCGUCAUCGGCGAGGAGCUGUUCCGAUAUGGCGCUUUGGGCACGAAGAUGUAUUUCACGGUCUCUGGCACGCUGACCUACUUCUCCGGCUACGACGACAAGCUGCCGAAGCUGGUUUCGGCGGGGCGGUGGAUGUGCGAGCCAGCCUUGUGGUGCAAAUGGGAGCACCGAGGCCGCCUUACCGUCGCCACGACGCAGUACCUCCGGAUGUUGGCGGAUCGGGAUGAGAAGAGCAUUGGUUCCUUGCGGUGCGAGUUCAUGGCGCUGAACGCGGCAGAUUUCCACAACAUCAUCUCACAGUCUCGAAUCCUCAGUUCGAUGCAGGCCUACGCGCGGAUUUUCACGACUAUGGCUGUGCAGGACUGCGGGGGCGGCGCAGAGGUGGACGACCUGUGGGGCACUUACGCGCAGAUCGAAACCUGCCUGCACCGUGCCUUCGGCUUCGGGGAAGAGGCGGAAGCCGCCAGCCGAUUCAAGAUGUUGUGGGAUGUCAGCGAGAACACCUGGAAGCAUUGCUUCACCACAUGGCGGCAGGCAGCGCGAGAGGAGAAGGAGCGGCGCAGCGGUGGCAAGGGCCGACGCUUCAGUUGGCUGUUGCUUCAGAAUGGUCGCACGGGUGGCCGCUAG